AUGUUGCGCGCCGGCCCACUUUUGACUCUCAUCGUGCUCGUCCGGGGCUCGGCCGCCGCGAGCGGCCCCACUCCCACUCUCAUCGCGGGCGACGCCCGCGGCUCGGACUCCGUCCAGCACGCCGACAUCCAACUCGACGUGACAGAUGGGAGAGGUCGCGCGCUGCUGGCGCCUCCUACAUUCGGCACGCUGAUUGGACGCAAGGCCGGCCAGACGAUGCAGAUCUUUGCGUACUCGAGCGACACGUCCACGAACGGGAAGUACGGCACGCUCAUCGACGCGGACACCGCCCUUCGCUGGCUCACAGUCGAGGUCGCCUUCGCCAACGGCGAGAUCGAGAGCGUCGCCGCCGAGUACGGCCUCACUGCGACUAUCGCCACAAACAAGAAGUCUGUCAGCGUCAGCGACCUGACUGGCUCGGGCGACACCUACCCCGCCGGCCUCGCCAUGACUGUCACCUUCACCCCCGAGACGGACAUGAGCAGCGUGUUCAUCGACUUCUCGUCGAGCACUACGUCUACCGCGGUCCUCCACAAAGACUUUUCCGCGCACCCCACCGUCUCCGUCUCGUGGACCUCGACGCCCCGUGUGGCGACCGUCGUGCAGGACAAGAGCAACAACCUCUACCUGUUCGCCUCUCCCAACACGCCCACCGACGGCCGGGCCUCGACCAUCGAGAUUGCGCUCACGGACGCCUUUGCCAAGAGCGACAUCACCUCCCUUCUCAAAGGCAUGACGCCGCAAGUUGGCAGCGGCUUUUUUGGUCUCGGCUUCCUCGACGGCGUGUCGAAGCUCCCCGACGGCGAGGCGAUCGCUGUCACGUCUCGGCCCCUCCUGGACAUCGAUGUGGACUCCCGGAGGGACGCGGUCGUCGCGUCUCCCGCCGCCCCGGCAUUCGACGCGCUCAUCUUUGUCAUCGGGGCGGCCUUCUUUGACCCGUGCGGCACGUGCAACGCAAUCGUCAAAAAGACUGGCAAUUGGCCCGUAUCGUACGGAAGCCUGUGCCUGCCUGGCGACCCGACGAAAACCUACAAGGACGGCCCCAAAUCCACCGACGACCUCGUCCAGGAGACCACCGAGUGCUACACGGACAUUGCAGACGAGAGUCCGGCGGAGGCCCGCGGCGGAGGCAGCGCGGGAACGUGGGUCGGCGUCACUAUCGGCCUCGUCCUCGCGCUGGCCCUGGCCGGGCUACUGCUGAGGGCGCGGAAGCCGCGGUACCCCCCCCUCAAGGGCGCGGAAGCCGACAGUGGCCUUGAAUCAUGA